AUGGAAGAUAUAGUUUAUGAUUGUAUAGUUAUUGGAGGAGGUGUAGCAGGUUUAAGAUGUGCAACAUUACUACAUCAACAAAAGAAAUCAGUAUUGGUUUUAGAAGCAAGAGAUAGAAUUGGAGGUAGAACCUAUGGUAUUGAAUAUAAUGAUUAUAUGUGGGAUGUUGGAGGACAAUGGGUUGGUCCAACACAGGAUAGAUUGUAUAGUUUAAUUAAAGAAUGUGGUCAACAUACCUUUCCACAACAACAACAAGGUAAAAAGGUUAUUGAAAUAGAUGGUAAAACAUCUGUCUACUCUGGAUUGAUACCACCUGUCAGUUUAAUUGGCCUUUUAGAACUUCAAUUAAUCCUUUAUAGAUUGGAAAGAAUGACCUUACAAGUUGAUCCUUUAGAACCAUGGAAAUCUAAAAAUGCAGAUAAAUGGGAUUCAAUAACAGUACAAGAUUGGAUAGAUGAAAAUACUUAUUGUAGUGUGACAAAGAAAUUAAUACACGUUGCUUUUAUUGCUGUAUUUUCAUGUGACCCAAAGGAAAUGUCAUUAUUGUUUGUACUCAACUAUUUUAGAGGAGCUGGAGGAGUAAUGAAGACAUUGGAUGUUCCAAAUGGUGCUCAACAAGAUAGAAUAUUUGGUGGAAGUUAUAAAUUGUCACAAACAAUGGCCAAUAAUCUGGGAUUGGAUACUAUUGUCAAGCUCAAUCAUGAGGUGGUUGACAUUCAACAAUCGAGAAAUUCAAUCUUUUCAAACAUUCGAUGCUCCAAUGGACGUAGUUAUCACAGCAAGUUGAUAGUCAUUGCUGCACCACCAAUCGUUGUUCAAAGUAUCCAAUUUACACCACCAUUACCAACCCCAAGAGUUCAUCUUCAACAACGUAUGCCAAUGGGACAGGUUAUCAAAUUUAUAGUUUUCUAUGAUAAAUGUUUUUGGAGAGACUUGGGAUUUGCUGGUGAAAUUCUUACAGACAGAGAGUCUGCAUCUGUUCUCUACGAUGGUAGCUUUGAAGAUGGUAGUAAACCAUCGAUUGUUGGAUUUUUUGAAGGAUCUGCUGCAAGAAUAUGGGCCGAUCGAUCAAAGGAAGAAAGAAGAAAGGAGGUUUUGGAUAUCCUCUUCAAAUCAUUUAAUGAUAAAAGAGCAUUGGCACCUUGCAACUAUAUCGAUAUGGAUUGGAUGUCUGAAAAAUAUUCGUUGGGUGGUUAUGGUGGAUAUCUUGGUCCAGGGGUACUAACAUCCGUUGGUAAUGCUCUUCGUGAACCAUAUGGAAGAAUUCAUUUUGCUGGAACAGAAACUGCAACUGAAUGGCCUGGUUACAUUGAAGGUGCUUUACAAUCAGCAGAAAGAGCUAGUGGAGAGGUUUUAAAACAUCUCAAAACAGUUGAAUCUGAGUUUGGACAACUCAAUAAUCCAUCAUACAGUUCAAAAUCUUGUCAAAAUGAAUCUAGUCAACACUUUUCAUACAAAUAUCUCGAUACAACCAUCACUAGAAAUCAUUCCAAAUCAGGUAUUCUCAAUAGUACUACUGCCAUGUUACUUUUAUCAACAACAACUUUAUUUUUAACAGUUUAUCUUUUGGUUAAUAGACAAAGUAUUUCCAUUUUAAAAUGGUUUUUAUAA